GUGAUCAGGAAUUCCCUGCUUUCGCACCUGAAAUUCAGCGAAGUGUUAAUAUCUAUGGUGGUAUUGACUUUCUUGGCUGUCCAGUAUACGGACCUGACUCCUAUGUUUGUGAGUUUGUUUCCCAACGUGUGGACAGGAUUUUGAACUGGCAGGAUCGUCUGUCAGCUUUGGAGGAUCCCCAAGUGGAGCUUCAUCUCCUGAGGAGUUGCUUGAGCCUCUGUAAGCUGAAUCAUAUCAUCAGAACUGUUCCUGGCUGCAGGAUUGACGAAGUGUUGUUACGUUUUGACAGAGGGCUUCAUCAUAGCUUGGAGUCUUUGUCCUCUUCCUCUAUCUCUGAUUUGCCAUGGAGACAGGCUACACUUCCUACUCGUUUAGGUGGUCUCGGUCUACGUGAGGCUCACAGAUCUUCCUCUGCAGCCUUUGUCGGUAGUUGCAACUCCUCUCGGACUUUGUCUCUCCGCCUGCUCUUCACUCCUUCAAUGCCAUUUUCUCCACCUGAUGGGUCAGAUAGUAUGUCUCCUACUUCCGUUUUCCCUGGCGAAUUGGAAUGUCGGCAGUGUUUGGCGGAUCUUUUACCACCUAAUAGUACGGCGCUAUCUGUUAAUUCCACGCAACAUUCAAUUCAACGAGCUUUAGAUGACGCUUUGAAAUCCAGCGUUAGGUCGUCUCUUUGUAGUUUGCGAGAACAAGCGCGUUUUAAUGCUGUCACAUUUCCUCAUGUGGGGGCUUGGUUGAGGGCAAUCCCUAACCCAAAUCUCAGCCUGGCCAUGUCCCCGCGUGAAUUCGUGACUGCUUUGCGUUUGCGCUUAGGAGUUCCAGUGUUUUCACCUCCCCCACGUUCAAUUCGCUGUGUCUGUGGCCAUAUUUUAGAUGUCUUUGGUGACCACGCACUUGGCUGUAGCAGCUCUCUGCGAAUCAGACGACAUGACGCCUUAUGUGACACCGUCUAUCACUGGUUGCUUGUGGAUAAUUCUGGGGUACGAAGAGAGCAGCGGUGUUCUUCUCAAUCCAUGGACAGACCAGGUGAUGUUUUUCAUCCCGACUUCUCUAACGGAAAGGCUGCUUAUUUUGAUAUCUCAGUGCGAAAUUCAUUUUCUCCCUCACAUGUCAUCAAUGCAGCUGUAAAGACUGGUGCUGCUGCUCAAGCUGGGGAAAUGGAGAAAGACGAACGCCACGACUCAAAUGUUUCCUCGUAUGGUUGCUUGUUCUAUCCUUUGGUUGUUGAGUCAUAUGGAGUCUGGUCAGAACAUAGUCUUGAACUGCUGAAGUCUAUUGCCAAGAAGUCUACUCUGUCUACAGGUCACAGUUUCAGCCGAGCUAUUACUAACCUUCAUGAACAACUGUCUGUGAAACUGUGGCAAUACAACUCUCGCAUGAUAACUGAACAUCUAGAUGUUUUGUCUGUAGCAAGUGUUUGUAGUGAUGUUUUUCAGUAGUGUUCCGUCCAUUGGGCGGUUAUAA